AAAAAUGGCAUGUUGUUCGUGAAUGAGAGAAUCGACAGAGAAGAGCUGUGUCCUGGCGCCCCGAAAUGCACUUUAUCUUUAGAAACUAUUAUCCAUAAUCCUGUAAAACUAUAUCGCGUUGAAAUUAAUGUGUUAGAUAUAAAUGACAACGCACCGUCAUUCCUUGUCAAAACAUAUAUGUUAAAUAUAAGCGAAGGCGCUAUUUCCGGAGACAGAUUUUCUCUACUUAUGGCAGAAGAUGUAGAUGUAGGUAGUAACUCGGUGAAAACCUACAAGCUGAAUCCAAAUGAAUUCUUUAGUUUGGAAAUGCAGAGUGAGGGAGAUCAGACUGUAUCUGCGGAGUUAGUACUGCAGAAAGCAUUAGACCGAGAAAAACGGGUCAUAAUCCCGCUCGUAUUGACUGCCAUCGACGGAGGAAAACCUUCCAGAUCUGGGACCCUGCAGAUCACUGUGAACGUUCUGGAUUUGAAUGACAACAACCCAGCAUUUGUCAAGCCAUUGUAUAAGGUUAAACUGAAGGAGAAUGUUCCAUACGGGACGCCUGUCGUAACACUGAAUGCUACCGAUCCAGAUGAAGGACUAAAUGGGCAAAUACUUUACUCAAUAUUUGGACAGAAAACCACACGCUUUGACAUGUUCACGAUUAAUUCAUUCACUGGUGAAAUUGUCACAAAAGGGAACAUUGAUUAUGAAGAAAACCCUGCUUUUGAAAUCCGUGUACAAGCUACGGAUCAAGGUUUGCAUUCACGCAGCACGCAAUGUAAAGUGUUGAUCGAAGUAAUUGACUUGAACGAUAAUCAUCCUGAAAUAUCAAUUACGCCAUUAAUUAAUGAUUUAAAAGAAGACACGAAAAUUGGAACAGUUGUGGCGUUGAUUACGAUAUCGGAUAAAGACGGAGGUAAAAACGGAAUGCUUAAUUGUAAUGCAGUUGAUUCUUUUCCAUUUAAACUCCAAACUUCGAUUAAAAACUUCUAUUCGCUCGAGGUUGACGGACCGCUGGACAGAGAAAUUGCUAAUCAUUACAACGUCACCAUUACAGCUACAGAUGAGGGAACCCCGCUUCUCUCCAGCACCAGCGUCAUUACUGUGCACAUUUCCGACGUCAACGACAACGCGCCGCGUUUCCCGAGUCCUUUGAUUAAUAUCUAUGUAAAAGAAAACAGCCAGAUCGGCGCCGUUAUAUAUACCGUGUCUGCGGCUGAUCCGGAUGAAAAUGAA